AUGACAGCCUAUCUCCCGGCUUACUACCCCCACCUCCCCUCCCCGGCCGCGACCGACUUCAGCUCCCCUCAGGACCGAUCUAUGCUCCGUGGCGUUCUUGAGCGCGUACGCAGAAGUAGAAGCAGUAGUACCGUCGUCAGCGACGUCGACGAGGCAAGUCGAAGCUUGCAGCUCCUCCAUAUCGCUCAUACCGCCGUCCUCAAUCCGACUCACUCGCAGCUUAUCGACCAGCACCUUGCCUCGGUACAUCAAGCGGGAAGGAGGAGCAGUGUCUUGGAUGUCGGAUGUGGAACAGGGACAUGGGCCAUCAAUCUCGCCAAUACGCAGCCAUAUGCUGAUGUCAUCGGAGUCGACUGGGACUGGUCUUGGUUCACUCCUUCUCAAUCUGUUCAUGGCAAUCUGGACUUCCAGACUAUCGACGUCUCUGCGGCACUACCGUUCCAUCCCAGCUACUUUGACCUCAUCCACGUCAAAUGCCUUCUCCCUUCCUUACCGGGCUACGCAGGCCUGAUUGAGCGACUCGCCGCCUGUCUUCGCCCAGGAGGAAUGCUCAUCCUCGUCGAGAGCGAGGUCGGCUAUUCCUCUGAUCAGCCCAUGUCGCCGAGUAUGCGGACUUGGAAUGCUUGCAUCAGGGAGGCAAUGGCGGGGAAAGGGAUCGACUCCGGGCUCGCUACUGACCUUGUGGGGUUCAUCGGCUCCCGCGGUGUCUUUUCCUCGGCGGUAUACCACCACACAGCGACGAUCCGGGGAGCUUCAGGCGGUCAAGGCGACGUGGAAUCCCUCGCUUGCGCAGGCCGCUUACAUCCCGACCUCAUCGCCGUGAUACUCGAUCGACAACUCGCGGAGCUCGUCAGGUUUGGGUAUGGUCAUACGGAGUUAUGGCCGCACAAGGAGGCUGUGCGCCAUGAGCUUUCACACCCUUAUUCCCCCGUCCGUCAGCGUAUCUUCGCGGCGUACGCUACCAAGGUCGGACCUUGA